AUGGAUUCCACACCAUACCAGAUCCCAACUCAAGAGCUGUUCAGUAUGAAAGAUCGUACAAUUCUAGUUACAGGAGGUAUAGGAGCAGUCGGCUCGCAAGUGAUCUACUCGAUCCUCGAAUCAGGCGGAGAUGUAAUCUGUCUUGACCUACCCAAAGAUCCUCCUGAUCUUGACCGUUUCUAUAACCUGGCAUCCAGAACAUCAACACAGUUCUCUUACUAUUCAGUCAAUGUCUCAUCGGCUACUGACGUAUCUUCCAUUUUCGAAAUUGCUGUAAACUCGCUCCGCUCUCCUCUUCGAGGGGUGGUCACUGCGGCAGGCAUUUCUGGCGAGGUUGAUGCAGUGGACUAUACACCCGAUGACUUCAGACGACUGCUAGAUGUCAAUGUGAUGGGAACAUUCUUGGUAGUUCAAGCUGCUGCCAAGGUCAUAUUGAGACAGGGGUUCGGAGGCAGUGUUGUUUUGAUUGCGAGUAUGAGUGGGAGUGUUGCCAAUAAGGGAGUCCAUACCUCCGCCUAUAACAGCUCCAAAGCAGCUGUUCAACAACUCGCUCGUUCGCUUGCCUCAGAAUGGGGCACCAAUUCAUCUAAUCGUCCACCAAUCCGUGUCAACUCCAUCAGUCCCGGAUAUAUCCAAACACCACUGACAGAAGUGGCACUUGCAAAUCCAGAAGUGAAAAAGAUCUGGCUGGAUGGAAACAUGCUCAGUCGCAUAUCUCAUCCCGAAGAGUAUCGCGCACCGAUUCUGUUUCUGCUGGGUGAUGGGAGCAGUUUCAUGACAGGAGCGGAUUUGAGGGUUGAUGGAGGGCAUACGGCUUGGUGA